AACUCGGCGGCAUUCUCAGUCAAACAACAAACGCAACUGAAGUAACAACGGUUCCGUACCGCGUACCGCCCCCAAAACAAAAGUGAAAUUCUAUUAGCUAGCCGCGUCUUGGCCAAAACGACCAGGAAUAUCGCAGUGCGAAAGUUAUGGUAUUUGAUUCCGUUGAAAAUCGGACUGAGUGCUGUGCUUAAUGUUCCAGCUGCGCCGGGAAGUGUGGAGCGAGCGGUUGGGAGUCUGGGUGCAGCGCCUCCUCGUCAUCGUACUGCAUCUGUGGCACCGCUCCAGCAUGUCCUUCGUCCGGCGUCGCCAGGAGGCGUUCAAGUGGAUUAGGCGCCGACUGGCCAGAAGGCAGUGUCACGCUGACACGAACAUCGAGACAGGGCGAGCAGAAGCAGCUGUUACUGGUUCAGGAGCAGGAGCGGAAUUAGCCGAGAUCUUGGUGCCGAGUGACACGCAAAUCGAUGUUCCCGGUGGGGGAAUCCCAGGAGGGCAGAUUCCGAGCCUAGAGUCCACUGACAGGGACAUGAAAGAGGCCAGAGCAGCGCCCAUAGCUCGCGAUGAUGAGGAUCAGGAGGCGGAGGAUCCAGAGGAGCAUGGACAGGAGGAGGAGGAACCUCCAGAGGUGGAGCAACUGUCCACGAAUGCUAAUUAUGUGUGCUGUCGAUAUCCGGGAACAACCUCUUCCUCCACCUCCGGCGCAGCAGACACAUUGAACCGCAGCAAGUCGCGGGUUCAAAAGUACCUCAAGAAGUGCAAACAGCGGCUAACGGGUCAGUUCAAGAUGCCAACGAGCAGUUCCACCACCACGACCACCAUCACACUGAUCAGGAAUGAGCCAGCACCCACGACAAUCGAGCAGGCACUGGCGGAGCAGGAGGAGGAAUACCUGGCGAAGGGCAGUAACGGGUCCUACGCAGACGCCCUGCCCAUCGAAUGCAGUUUGAGUGCCAGCAUUGCCGAGGAGCAGCAGCAGGCGGUCGACGAGCUGGAGCCGCCAAAGGAGGAGGAAGUCCCACUGGAGACAGAGCUGACGGAACCUUCCUCAACUCCUCCACCGCAGAGCAACCUCGAAGGAAUCCCUGCACCAGAGCAACUUCGACUACCCGCCGACGUGGACGCCACGCUGGCCCGGCUGAUUGACAGCCAUCUGUCGCACAUUUAUCCCGUCUACUGGGCACGCACGCGUGCGAUUUUAAUCCAGCAGGCACGUGAGCGACUCGUGUGCGGAUUCGACGGCAGUUUGGUCCGCUUCGAGCAGCGAUUCCUAUGCAAAUUUGCGCAAAUUGCCGCGACUCUGCGCACGGCCCAUCAAAUUGGCGAGUCCUGGUUAUGGCAUCCCGGCUGGCCGUUGGCAACAUCCAAUGGAGCACUGGUCUUGCAGCUGAGCGACGCUGAGAUCGCGCACGCACUUCGUCCGGCGGAGCUGUAUCUCUGCAUCAAAUUGGAAUCUUCAGCAGAAGGCGACGCGGAUUGCACACCGCGGCUCUAUGCUGUUUGGCGCUCGUCCCGCAAGGAGGAGAGCGUCCAGAGCCACUGCAUCGACCACGAGAAUCCCGGCGAGUUGCCCCUGAGCGUGCUCCAGCUGGAAAUGUCCACGGCAGCGGCGGCACUGAUGGCAUCCGAUUGCGGUGAACUGCCGCAACUGCUGCAGAAUCUGCUGGUGAGCGUGGAGCGCAGCAUCGAGCGCGUUUCGCUAAACGAGCUGCAGAUGCCGAUGCAUCAUGACCGCGGGGAGGACUCUCUGGAUGAGGCCAACAAUAAUGGAUGCAACAAUAACCUGUUGGGAUCACCAAAGUGCGCGUUGCGACGCAGCGAUUUGAUUACCAAAAACAAGCUGUUCAACAGCCGUUACAUGCUAAGGCGUUUGACCAAUCGCCAGGACAGCAUGAACUCCACCUCUUCGGGUAACAGUAAUGUGAGCGACAGGAGCAGCAGCUCCAGCUCCAGCUCAAGUUCCAGUGCCGGCGAGGAGCUCCUGACCAGCCACUCGGAGGCCAAAAUGAGGAGCAACAGCGGUGGUAAUGAGGCAAGUGGUGCCUCCACCUCGCCGGCAUUGCCACUCUAUUGUCUGGGCAACUCGUUUCCGCACAUCGACAGCGAUGAGGAGGCCAGCGAUAGCAUCCGUCCGGGGAAACACCACAGUCUAGAGACCUGCGAGACAGAGCUACUGCCGCCCAGCUCGAUUGGCGAGCUGCCUGAGAAACUGCUGACUAGCGGCGUCUAUUUACCAGGCACACGCACCCUCCAAGGCGACCCACUUGUGACUGUGGACGCGGCCUGUGUGGCGUCCGCCGGCCUCAAUUGCUACGAGCUGGCCACGCUGCUCCUCUACUACAGCACAAUUCCCGAGCGGAGCUCCUGCCCCUUCACCACCUCGUCAACACCCGGAACGACAGCUACAAUCAAUGGCCAUAAAAGCACUGAGCAGCAGCAGCAGCAACAGCAGCAGAAACAACAACCCGCCCAACAGACAUUUACCAUUUUAAUUGCCAUCGAGAAGUCUCAACAUUUAUGCGUAAUCGACUUAAUUUGCCAAAGUCUCAGACUCUUGGCCAAGCAAAUUGGCAAUUGUGAAAUUUUGGCCGUUUGUCCCGAUUCGAGUCUGCUGCAAUUGUGCAAUGGGCAGCAGCAACAGAAGCUGCAACAACAGCAGCAGCAGAACAAUAACAGUGAUCACCCGGAGCCUUCGUCGCCGUCGCCAGUGGAUUUGGUUAAAUUCAUUAGCGUGGACCAAGUCACGACAAGUGUUGCGCCAUCGCAGCUGCCCGCUGGAUUGCUGCCCUCCGUGCCCGCGCUGUCCACGCUGGCCGGGAUUAGCCAGCGUCAUCACGAUGCCACCAAGUGGCGGGAGUUUUUCGCCCAACUGGAGGCCUUCCAGCGCCAAUGCUCGUCGGCCGGCGGUCGUUUGGUGAGCGCCCUCAGCGAAAUACGCGCCGCCGAUCUUCAGGGUUUGCCCACGCGCCGCCAACUUUAUGGCCAGCAUCGCGCCCUCAGUCGUGCGCUGAUGGAUUCGCAGCUCCACAGUCUGCGCAAGAUGGGUGCUGGCCAGUUGGCCAGGCUGCAGGAUUUGGCCAGGGCCAUCACCUCUGCUCCCGGCUCGCCGCGCAUGACGUCACAGCCGCAAUCACCCUCAUCUUCCUCUUCGGGGGCAUUCCUGAACGUAGAUGCCGCAUGCAAGCUGGGCAAGGUGACGCUCCUCUUCAACGAGGUGGAUCGGGCGGCCCAGCGCCUGGAACAGCUGACUGAGCAGCGAAGGGAGCGACUGAGGCAACUGACCCGGCAACGGGCCCUCGAGGAUGAGAUCAGUGAGGUCACCUCAUGGCUGGGCAGCGAUGGAGCGGAGAAUUUGCAAAAGUUUUCACAGCUGCAAUGGGACAACGAGUCGCAGUUGAGGACUCAGGAACAGGAGUUUGAAAAGUACUACUUCAUAGCCAUGAAACACUUGGCCAAAGGACGCGACUUGCAUGCUGCUGCCCUCAAAGUUUCUGUCCUAAGUGAAAGCGCCAAUAACCUGAAGUCCGCCCUGGAUCAGUUCGCCCAGAAACUGGAGCUAGCCCACGAACGUUAUGAGGCUGCCGGGCGUUUGCUGCACUUGCUCACCCAGCAUCAGCGGGAAACCGCUGCCAGGGAGGAACUGCAGCGUUUGGCGGAGCAACUGGGCGCCACCUCGCUGCUGGAGAAGCACUGGCCGGUGAUGCGGAAGAGCCAUACGUUGCCGGUGGCCAGUAGCACACCGGCUCCAGCAUCUGGAAAACGGGUUAGCUAUCGCUGCAGCUCGGCCAGUGGGAGCUCCUUUGAGGGAGGUCCAUCGAGCAGCAAUUGCAGUUGCUGGCGGGAAAGUCGCAACCUGGAGGACAUGGAUCAAAUGGAAGAGGAGGAAGAGGAGCAGGACUGCGACGGUGGUGAUGGAGAGGAACAACAGUCCAAGAUCGCCGAUUCUGGUGUGGGCGUUUGCGACAAUUGCGAACGUAAUCCCAAGCUGGCCAGGAUCUGCUCCUGCCAAAGCCUUAACGAAAAGAGUCACGAUGAGCUCCUCGAGGACGAGUGCUUCGAUCGACCCUCUAAGAGAUACAUGGACAUCAUGCAUUCGCCCAUGGAGGCGAAUGCCCAUCUGCAGUGCCAUGGCUCCAGUCUAGAGCUGCCCAAGCUGGAGGAGCUCAGCUGCCUGGAUCCCAAGAUACAAAAAACGCUUCUAUUGAUCAUGCGUGAGAUGAUUGGUACCGAACGCGACUAUGUCCGCUCCCUGUACUACGUGAUCGAGAACUAUAUAGAUGAACUGCUUCGCGAGGAUAUACCUCAGCCACUGAGGGGCCAGAGAAAUGUGAUCUUCGGUAAUAUCGAGAAGAUCUUCGAGUUCCAUAACUCUCACUUCCUGGGCGAACUGGAACGCUACGAGAGGAAUCCCUUAAAAGUGGGAGCUGCCUUUCUGGAGAUGGAGUCCAAAUUCUACCUAUAUGCGCUUUACAACAAGAAUAAGCCCAAAAGCGAUACAUUGCUAAGCGAAUAUGGUAGCACCUUCUUCAAGCCCAAGCAAAUGCAGCUUCAGGAUAAGCUAGAUCUGGCCUCUUACCUCCUGAAACCCGUGCAGAGAAUGGGAAAAUAUGCAUUGCUUCUGCAGCAGUUGGUCAAAGCUUGUAAAGGAGUCGAAGGAGCAGCUCUACAGGAAAUCGCAGCGGAUGUAGAAGAGCUGCAGCGAGCAGAAGAAAUGGUCAAGUUUCAGCUGCGCCAUGGAAAUGAUCUGCUGGCCAUGGACUCCUUGCGCGAUUGCGAUGUGAAUGUCAAGGAGCAGGGACGACUCCUGCGCCAAAAUGAGUUCCUUGUUUGGCAAGGACGCGGUGGCAAGAAAACUCUGCGACAAGUGUUUCUCUUCGAAGAACUGGUGCUCUUCAGCAAAGCUCGCCGCUUUCCCGAUCAUAAGGCAACGUAUGAAAGGCUUAAGAAUCUGGAUAUCUACAUCUACAAGAACAGCAUUAAAACUUCAGAUAUCGGCCUCACAGCGCACACAGGUGAUUCGGCUACCAAGUUUGAGAUUUGGUUCCGGAAACGAAAGCCCGAUGAUACGUGGAUGCUGCAGUGCAUGUCGGAGGACAUUAAGAACGCCUGGACCGAGGAGAUCUCCAAACUGCUCUGGAAGCAGGCGAAACGAAACCGAGAAGUUCGCCUGGCGGAGAUGUCCUCAAUGGGCAUUGGCAGCAAGCCAUGUCUAGAUAUUCGACCCAGCAACAAUCAGAUCAGUGAUCGCUCGAUUCCCUUGGCACAGCUAAAUAAGACUCCCAAACUGCGACACUCUGAGCCUGGAAAGGGUAGCAUGCGGCGUCCCAAUUCACUGAUAUCGGAGAGCUCCUUGUCCAGCGGCACCAGCACCACCAGUGGCUCCUCCAUCAGCGGUGGCUCCUCUUCGGGUCACAAUGAUGGCGGUGGCAGGCACAGCCUGCACUUUGGCAAGCUACCUGGAGCACACAGCGCUAGUUCCACCAACUGCAGUGCCACUUUGGAGCUGAUCAACGAAACUCAGGCCCUGAAGUUGGCCAAAUCCCCGAGUGGAGGUGGAAUCAAGGGGGCGGAUACGCCCGCCGACGGAGGCAACACUUCCGGAAACGGAAAUGGAAACGGAAACGCACUCAGGAGCAGCAAACGAAACCACAAACGAUCGACGACCAUUGUCAGCCAACUGUCCAUGGAAAGCGGCAUUGUCUCGGACAUGUGCGUUACCCCGGAUCAGGAACAAUCGGCGGCGGAGAGCAGCCGAAGCAGUUGGUCCACAUCAACGACUGGAGCAUCCGGAGCUUCAACGACGAGUGCAUCCACGGUGAUCCUGCGGCGAUAUAGAUCUUACGCCCAUGCAGCGGAGUCUGCAAGUCCGGAAAGCGGCAAAUAGAGGAGCUCCUGGAGCAUCGCAUCUAGAUAUAGGAUAAAUCCCCAUUAAUAGCUUUAGCAGAACGGUUUCAUCGGAUCCCAUGUAGUAUCAUCAUAUUACGUUCGAUCGCUAAUUUUAUUUCAUUAUUUUUGUUAUUUAUUAUUUAUUACAUUUUUAAUUUUCGUUGAUUUGUCAUAGUCGCUGCUUUUCGUUUGGCCUUGUUUUUCGGAAAAAUCAGUCGAAAUUAUUGAAUUCAGCGUAUCAAUGUCGAAGCAAGUUUCAUACAUAUCUAUUUCUUAGUCCACACAAUCGAACGAUCCACACCACACACACACAGAAAUCGAUGGGAGCCAUGAGCAGCACCCGAAAAAGGGGCGUGGCCGAUGCCCAACAUAUCUGAAUCGAACUUCAUUACGUACAGUUAGUUGAUAUGUAACCUAAGUGCCUAUAGUUAAAAUAAUCAUAAACGAACAUAAAAAAAUAUAUCUAUACUUCAUAACUCGAUAAAUAAUUUUAAGCGAAAAU